AUGUCUGAUGGCACGGAGUUCCAGCCAGCAUCGUCGGUAACAAACCACACUGUAUUAACUACAGUUGAUUGCAUCACACUGUAUAAAAUAACAGUUGAUUGCAUGAGUGAAGAAUUUGCCUGUUUAUCUAUUACUACCACGAGAAAUGACCUUCUUUGUAAUCGUGUAUACGCCUACAGGAUGAAGAGUUACGUGCACUGCUCGCAACAGAUCCGAAGACCCUUCGGCCGCAAAGACUUUUCGACUACUGGCGGCGUCUGCUUGAGCUCCAAUACGGUGAUCAGGUGGCCGGGAGGUUCGACGACCCUACGGAGGAGGUAGGGGAGUUCGAGGAAGGACCAGAAGAAGUCGUCAAGGAGGUGGUGGAGAAAGCCCCGAGUGCGGUCGAGUUGCGGAAGUCGCGGUCGCGGAGCAGCGCGCUGGCCGCCCGGGUGUCGCGCACGGCGUUGGCCGCUCGCCAGCAGUCGCGCUCCAGCCUCUCUGCCCGCCCCAGCGCCACGGCGACCUCCAAGCAG